AUGGCGUCAACGGCGCGACCGCCCACCGUGCCUCUGGUGAUUGCGCCAAACGCCCUUGCAUCGUUGAUCGACUCCAACAAAGCUGACAGCAGCAAGCUGCGUAUUCUCGACGCAACAUGGUUCAUGCCCAACACAAAUCCACCACGCAACGCAUUCGAGGAGUAUACGGCAGGUCCUCGGCUGCCAAAGGCUCUCUUUUGGAACGUUGACAAGAUCGCAACCGUCGGUGAAAGUGUUCGCAACCUCCCACACAUGAUGCCAUCUCCAGCCACGUUUGCAGAGGCAGCCUCGGAACACGGCAUCGAACCGGAUACACACCCCGUGGUGUAUGACACUCACGGAGUGUUCUCUGCCCCGCGCACGGCCUUCACCUUCAAGGCGUUCGGCCAUCUGAAUGUUUCCGUGCUCAACGGCGGAUUACCUGCUUGGAUCAACUACGGACUGCCAACAGAAUCUGGCGAGCCGACAUCCGUGUCCAGGACCGACUACCCAGAGCCCGUUCUGCAGGAUGGUAUCAUCCGCUCAUUUGACGAGAUGGUCGCUAACGCCAAAAUGGGUGCUCGAGGACAGACGGUAUUUGACGCGCGAGCCAAAGGCAGAUUCGACGGAACGGAUCCUGAACCAAGACCAGGCCUGUCGUCCGGUCACAUCCCGCACAGUCUCUCGCUGCCCUUCCCCAGCCUGCUCAGGACCGAGACCGGCAAAGACGGAAAGCAGUAUACCGUGCUCAAGGAUCAGAUCGAGCUAUGGAGGACGCUGAGCGAUACGGUGGGAGGUAUGGAGGCCCUCGACAAGCUCAGACAAGCUUCGAGCGGUGGAGAGCUAGCGGCUACCAACACGUGCGGCUCAGGGAUGACUGCAGCAGCCAUCUGGUUGGCGUUGCAAGAGAUCGGUGUGCAGAGCAGCAUCUACGACGAGAGCUGGAUGGGAUGGGCCUCGAGAGAAGACGAAGGCGUGGCUAUUGACAAGAACGAAUGA